GCCCGGCCCGGCCCGGCCCCGGCACAGCGGCGGCGGCAGCAGCAGCAGCAGUUUCAGGUGAUAUUCAAAAGCUGUGCCCUGAAGCAAGGAAGUCUGAGUUACUGAAAAGGAAUUAGAGAGCAAGGUGAGGAAGGAAAAAGGAUAUGGAAAUACUAAUGGAUGGGUGAAGGAGAUCUAAGCAAGGAAGCUGGCAAACAUUUCCUCUCCCUUCAGGCCCCUUCUUGCUGAGUGUAUUGCAGGAUCAGAACAGGAAAGGCCUAGGGUCUGUAAGAGAAGGUGGGUGAGGAAAGUUUGGUGAUAAAGUGCUGAGAGGCUCUUCCUUGGCCUCUCAGUGCAGUACUGUGGCUCUCCACUCUCCGUGCUCUUGAUUCUUAAAUGAAUCUGAACUCUGACACACCAAUAUUUCAUUCUUCUUCAUUACCUGUGUGUACUACACACCUUGAGUGGUGUGACAAGGCCGUCCAGUCCAAAUGUAUCACCUCUGAAAAAUUAAUUUAAAUGUGUUGGAUUCAGACAGCCUGGAGCAUGUUCAUAUAGUGUCUCACAGUGGGCUACAGAGAUGGAGGUCUGCUUUCUUCUACAACUGACAGCAUCCAUAUGGUUAGUCUUAUGUUGCACCAUAAGACUAACCAAACCUUUAAAAUACUGGCUGAAAUACAAUGAAUUAGGACUACUCUGGUUAAGAUAAGUUUUGGGGAUUUUUUGUAUUUUUGUCAAUUUUGGAGCCAGCAGAUUGAUAAAUCCUAGGGAGAGAGGGGAAUUCCUUUAAUUGCUUGCCUUUAAAAAAAGCUUUUGUAUAAAGAUUCAUCACCAUUAUAAAACUGGUAAUUAAUGGUGUCUCUUCAAACAUCCUGCUGAUAACCACUGCUAUAUCCACAGGCCCUGCAACGCCAGAGUCUUCCUGCAAAAUCUGAAGAUUCAGUGGAAGAACCCUAAAUGGAGUAGAUUUCUGUGUGUAUACCUUCAGGGCAGAGGGAGAGAGUUGUUAAAAGGUUGCACAUUCCAUUUUUAGCUCUAUAGGCUGUCCCACUAACUGGUUGUUUCUCACUGGAUAAGUUCAGAGUACUCUUCUGACUGGGUGUCUUGAUAGCUUCUUCUUUGAAUACCACUUCUUUCAGACUUAAGACUGGGCAGGGGCAAGGCACAAGAGCACAGGGAUCUCCUCUUCUUGAAGUCCCUGGUGGUGUAAAGCCUUGAAGUCACUGAAGAAAGAUCACUUACAUAGCAUUUUUCUCCUUUCAGAAAUUGUCAUCCAUCACUAUGAAAAACAACAUCCUGUGAGUUCGUUUCAAACUUUCUUCAGAUAAGCUGUGCUCUGAGCUCUGCUGAGGAAAGCUGAUGUCCUUGGGAAAGCAUGGCCUUCCGUGGCUGGAACUGGCUUCUCCUCUUGGGCAAGCAGAACACCCUUGCCAAGGUGUGGAGAAGCAGGAGAGGAGGCCCCUCUCUGUGCUGGCAGCGCUGUUGCCACUGGAGCUCAGGCAAGCCUUUGGACCCCGAGGUGAGAGCAUUUUUGGAGGAGAACACCGAGGUCACCAACAGAGGGCACCUCACCCCUGAGAUCCGGCUGCGCCUCCUCACCCCCCGCUGCAGGUUCUGGAGAGAAAAGCCUGACCUGUGGCCUUAUGGGGACCCAUUCUGGGCAAUUUACUGGCCAGGAGGCCAAGCCCUCUCCAGGUAUAUUUUAGAUAAUCCACGUGUGGUUAAAGGGCGAUCGGUUCUGGAUCUUGGAAGUGGCUGUGGAGCAACAGCAAUAGCUGCUGUGAUGAGUGGUGCAUCCCAAGUCCUUGCCAAUGACAUUGACCCUAUUGCAGGAAUGGCAAUGAUCUUGAACUGUGAACUGAACCACCUGAAUCCCUUCCCCAUCACCAUUAAGAACAUCAUUAAUUCAGAGGCUGGCAACUGGGACCUCAUAGUUCUAGGAGACAUGUUUUAUGAUGAACAACUUGCUGAUGGUCUGCAUCACUGGCUGCAGAAGUGCAUCAGGAUUCACCAGACUGAAGUGCUGAUUGGUGACCCUGGCAGGCAUCAGUUUUUAAGCCACAGCAUUCACAGUCAGCUGCACAAAGUUAUAGAAUAUUCAUUGCCUGAGUCUACGAGACAAGAAAACUACGGGCUAACCUCAAGUAUUGUCUGGAGCUAUCAGCCCUCAAACAGCUUAGAUGAUUCUUGAAGCUGCCCUUCUAUGGGAUUUUGUCUCACUUGAUUGGCUUUUUGCAGGUAUAUAACAUGAAAAUGGGAAUUAAAGAGGGAACAUUAUCUGUUAAAGUAAAGCAGCUUACUGUACCUUCACUAGACUGAUUCCAGUCACUGGACUGAUUGAUAGUCACUGAGGCUUUUGCUCAAUUUGGUGUAAAAGCUACAUGCAAACUGUAUUCAAAGGGUCCUGCACUGAAGUGCAGAUCUACAGACAACUUCCAUGUAGGAGUUUGCAUGCUUGAUGUUUCCCAUGUGUAUUUGUGUCCUGCUGCCAUUACUGUGAAAUGUUUUGGAUGUCCAGCAUACUGCUGUGGGGAGAGGGCUGUGGCUGAAGGACUACUGCACUGCUCCUACAGGCUUCUGCAGCUUGUUUAUAGAGAAUUUCUAAAUAUAGAAAUUAUUGCUGUCCUCCAUAAAAUUCUCCACUAGACUUUUAGCUCAUAAUAUGCUCAACUUGAAGUGCCUUGCUCUUUUUCUGGGUAUCUCUUCUGAAUGUCGAAGUAACUAAUUUAAAUCUCCCCCUUUCCAUCUGUAAUAAAAAUUUCCUCUUCCUUGAAACUGACAGUGUGAUUAUGUAGGAGUUGCACCCAAAUCUAAACUCUGCUUCUUGACUGCCAGCCAGUGUAAAAGCUGUAAUAAAUGGAAAUUGAAUAAAUAGUACCAGCUAUGGGCUACCUUCAUUCCCUUGAGAGUAGGGUCAAAUUAUCUACAUUCCCUACAUUACCCUUUGCAAGGGUAAACCAGGUGAUCUGUCACCUUGGGAAGCUGCUGAGGGAUGAAGUAGUCUCUACUUCUGUGACAAACAAAGGGUAAUGAAAUAAAAACAGAGAAAACAA